GUGUGUCCUGGUCUGGUGUGUGUGUGUCCUGGUCUGGUCUGGUGUGUGUGUUUGUCCUGGUGUGUGUGUGUGUGUGUAACAGGUAAAUUGAAUGAGUUUGAUUUGCAUUCUAGACACCAUCAUUUUACUCUUGGGAAACCAGUCUCUGUGUGGUAACUGUUUAUCAUCUCACCGACAGGCCAACCUGGACGAACAGCAGACGUCGGACAACCAGUUUGUGCGCACUCUGAUGACAUCCAUUUGCCAGUCAGCCGUUAUAUGUGAAAACCCAUACAAGGUGGAUGUGGAGCAGAUUACCCAGAGGGCAAAGCUGCUGCAGCGGUACCUGAGUGACGAGAAGAAGGAACUGCAGGCCCUCUAUGCCCUCCAGGCCCUCAUGGUGCACAUGGAGCAACCGGCCAAUCUGCUGCGGAUGUUCUUUGACACGCUUUACGAUGAGGACAGAUAG